AUGCUCCAUGCAAAGAAUGUACCAGGAAGUUUUUGGGCAGAAGCAAUGAGGACUGCAGCCUUUGUGAUCAAUAGACUUCCUCAACAAAGGUUAUGCUUUCUUUCACCUUUUGAGAAAUUAUGGAACAUGAAACCUACAUUGAGUUCAGAUGAAAUUAAAGAUUCAAAUGAUGACAAUGAUGUUGAACAAGGUAUGACUCAAAAUUCAUGGCAAACUAGUGUGUAUCAACAACUAAGUGAAGAAGGAGAGACUGAUAAAGCAGAAGUACCAACUGAACAAUCACAACCCAGAAGGUUAACAAGAAUCCGAAAGCCAAAUCUCAAAUAUGCUAAUGCUACCAUAAUAGAAGAAGAAGUUGCAAAAGAACCUGAGACGUUUGAGGAAGCAUCUCAGAAUUUUAUGUGGAUUGAAGCUAUGGAAGCAGAAAUCACUGCAUUAGAACGAAAUCAGACUUGGGAGCUUGUGCCAAAGCUAAGAGAUGUGAAACCUAUUUCUUGCAAAUGGAUUUACAAAAUAAAGCAAUGCACAAAUGGAUCAAUUGAAAGGUUUAAAGCUCGUCUGGUGGCUCGAGGGUUUAGUCAACAAUAUGGACUAGACUAUGAUGAAAAGUUUAGUCCAGUUGCAAAGCUUACAACUGUGCGAAUCUUACUUGCAUUUGCAGCUAACAAAGACUAG